GGAAUGGCACUCAGGGCAAAGGCAGAGGUGUGCAUGGCAGUGCCCUGGCUGUCCCUGCAAGGGGCACGGGCACUGGGCACCAGAGCCGCUCAGGCCCGCAGGACGGUGCUGCCCUUCGAAGCCAUGCCCCAGCGUCCAGGCAACAGGUGGCUGAGGCUGCUGCAGAUAUGGAGGGAGCAGGGCUAUGAGCACCUGCACCUGGAGCUGCACCAGACCUUCCAGGAGCUGGGGCCCAUUUUCAGGUCCGAGUCGGGAGGACCACGCACGGUGUGGGUGAUGCUGCCGGAGGAUGUGGAGAGGCUGCAGCAGGUGGACAGCCUGCACCCCCGCCGGAUGAGCCUGGAGCCCUGGGUGGCCUACAGACAACACCGUGGGCACAAAUGCGGCGUGUUCUUGCUGAACGGGCCUGAAUGGCGCUUCAACCGGUUGCGGCUGAACCCGGAUGUGCUGUCACCCAGGGCCGUGCAGAGGUUCCUCCCGAUGGUGGAUUCGGUGGCCAGGGACUUCUCCCAGGCCCUCAGGAACAAGGUGCUGCAGAACACCCGGGGGAGCCUGACCCUGGACGUCCAGUCCAGCAUCUUCCACUACACCAUAGAAGCCAGCAACUUAGCCCUUUUUGGAGAGCGGCUGGGCCUGGUUGGCCACAGCCCCAGCUCUGCCAGCCUGAACUUCCUCCGUGCCCUGGAGGUCAUGCUCAAAUCCACCGUCCAGCUCAUGUUCAUGCCCAGGAGCCUGUCUCGCUGGACCAGCCCCAAGGUGUGGAAGGAGCACUUUGAGGCCUGGGACUGCAUCUUCCAGUACGGCGACAACUGUAUCCAGAAAAUCUAUCAGGAACUGGCCUUCAGCCGCCCUCAGCACUACACGGGCAUUGUGGCGGAGCUCCUGUUGAAUGCGGAACUGUCACUAGACGCCAUCAAGGCCAAUUCCAUGGAACUCACCGCAGGGAGUGUGGACACGACGGUGUUUCCCUUGCUGAUGACGCUCUUUGAGCUGGCUCGGAACCCCGACGUGCAGCAGGCCCUGCGCCAGGAGAGCCUGGCCGCCGCGGCCAGCAUCAGUGAACAUCCCCAGAAGGCAACCACCGAGCUGCCCCUGCUGCGGGCGGCUAUCAAGGAGAGCUUGAGGCUCUACCCUGUGGGGCCCUUUGUGGAGCGAGUGGUGAGCUCAGACUUGGUGCUGCAGAACUACCACAUCCCCGCUGGGACACUGGUGCAGGUUUUCCUCUACUCGCUGGGUCGCAAUGCCGCCUUGUUCCCAAGCCCUGAGCGCUACAACCCCCAGCGCUGGCUAGACAUCAGGGGCUCUGGCAGGAACUUCCAUCAUGUACCCUUCGGUUUUGGCAUGCGCCAGUGCCUGGGAAGGCGCCUGGCAGAGACAGAGAUGCUGCUGCUGCUGCACCACGUGCUGAAACACUUCCAGGUGGAGACACUAACCCAAGAGGACAUAAAGAUGGCCUACAGCUUCAUACUGAGGCCCAGCACGUACCCUCUCCUCACCUUCAGGGCUCUGCACCCAGGGUCCCAGCCUGGCCACCAGCCUCCCUCUGCCUGA